UUACAGCACAGUGCAGCCAUCCAUAUAUACAGCCGCGUGUAUUGACCGCACGCUCGCCCGAGCCAGGCGACCAUCACGUCCAUAUACGUAUCCCUGACAUACAUACAGAUGUCCGCAUACACAUAUCCACAUGUGUGAUGCAGGAGGUCCUUUGUGUCUGCGUUCGCUCUGUAUGCGUCCGCACGAUACAUGAUUCCGUACCUGUCCCCGAGAGUGAGGCUGCAGAGAGUGAGGCUGCCACCUGCACUGCCACUGGCACAGGCAGAAGAUGAGAAAGAAGCACACCUCCGGGCAGCGGUGGCCGCACAUUGCACGCGGUGCCGCGAAUUCAACAGGGAGUCCAGCAGCGACACAGUCGUCUGGUGUAUGAAGGGGCGCGACUACUACAUGUGAACAGGCCACACAACUGUGCUGAUGCUUUGAUCUCUCCUCUCCUUACGUGAUUGCAUCGUGCUCUCGCUGUUGUUGUUUGCAUGUCUAUGUCUGCAGAGCCAAACACACGUCUUUUUCCGUCCUGCUCUGCUUUUUCUCUUACAACAAUUAAGUGCCCACCUUCCUCCCUGCACACCUGCCCGAGAGAUCUGCUGAUGUGGCCUCACCCACACCUGAUAGCAACCAUUCAACAGCAAACAUCCAUGUGUGCGCGGCCGAUGCUGGGAUCUCUUCUUGCAUGACUACGUGGUGCUCUGGCUGCCUGCGUGUGCGUAUCUGCGCUGCCAAACGGACAUCUUUUUGGCCCUGGUGCCUGCGUGUACAUGCUAAUUCAUCGCCCACGUGCUAAUUCAGGAGUGCCCACCUUCAU